AUGUACUCUUCGAGGAAGAAUAGAUCACAGCUUUGGCUGGGGCCUGCCGCUUUUUUUACUAUUAACUGUGAUGGGGAUGCUCGCAUGAGCCUGGAAGCCAAACGAGACAUUAAAAAGGGUGAUGAAAUAUUCAUCUAUUAUGGUGACCAUUUCUUUGAUGUCGGGAAUUGUGCUUGUGAAUGCUUUACUUGUGAACUGCUCGGCCGCGGCUAUUUCUCAAAAGCUACUGAUCCGUACAGCUUCCCUGACGGUCCCAUUUUGUCACCGAGCUACUAUAAGGCAAUAGUUGAAUCUGAUCAAAAGGACAAAUCCACACCAAUCAUGCUCAAAAAAAGCCAAAAGUGUAUGAGUAAGCAUUAUUGCCUCUGUAUUCGCCCAUCAUUACUUUCUCUACAAGCUCAUCCUUUUUAUUUUUUGUGA